AUGUCAGCAAGCGCGGAUGAUCUCGAUGUUGUGGCCAAUGAACUUUGCUCUCUGGCCACCAAGUUCAUCCAGUGCAUUAAUGUCCUUGUUACAAAACACUGCGGUACCAAUGCGGCUCUUGUUCAGACUAAUCUACUUAAAUCUAUAUUUAGAAGCAGUUUGAAUGAGUUAUUUUGCGCGACGGCGUUCAAUGUAGGUGAGUCGGGGGAAGGUUUGCUGCUGAACGACAAAAACGUUGCAAUGAAGGUUGCUGCAUCCAGAGACACGUUACUGUCGGCAGAUUCUUUCAAGAGGAUCAUCUACUGUCUAGUCGUCUCAAUUUUAUCUAAGAACAUUUUUUGA